ACUAAAUAGAAGAAGAACCUGCCCGGAAGUAAACAGUCCUAUUUUGACUGUUGUGUACAACGCAAAUGUCUGCAAAUGCUACAAGCUACUUACAUUUCAAGUACUGCUUCGUACCUUUAGUUGUUAACGGUUUACAUCGCUUAUUUUGUGGUGACCCAACGAGACCAGGGGGUGAAGGGUGUACUGCCAUUCGAAAAAAAAAAUGUCGAACAGCAUUAAUUUCCAUACACAACUGACUUCCAUCAUGGAGAUAUUAACCAAAGCAGCUGUAGCAGAAAUUACCAAACUUGUUGACGAAAGUUAUGCUGUUUUACGCUUCCAAGUGUACAGAUGUCAAAAUGAGAAAGACUUGCUGAAGAGAAAACUACAACUGGCUGAGCGCGAGCUGCGCGUGGCACGAGGAGCCAGGGCGCAUGGCUGUUCUAAUGAAAAUCUCCCUGUUGGACUUCAGGUGUACGGUUGUUUAUCCGAAGGGGGUGCUGAUUAUGGAGAGAAACCUCCCUUUGAUCAGAAGCUGUUUGUAAAGGACUGUGACCCACAAUGCACAUCUGAAGGAGGGGAACAGGUAACACAGCCCACACCUGUAGAAGAUGGGAAGAAACCGGACACAGAGCCCACACCUGCAGGAGACCCAGUGGAGCUGAGUGAGCAGCACAGGUGUGAACACAGUGACGAGGAGCUCAGUGGACUGGAGUUUGUGGUGAAGGCAGAGCAAGAGGAAGAGCAUGUAGCCCAGAGACUGGAUCAGACAGGAUGUGAACGCAGUGCAGGAAGACUCAACAAUCUGGGCUCUGAGUAUGUAAUGUAUGAGAGAGACAGUCAGCUGUGGACUUCCUUUACACAAGAGGACAGUGACAUAGAGACUGAUGAUCCAGUUUGUUCUAACACUACAGCACAGUGCUCACAGAAUCUGUCAAUUCACACACAGCUACAACAUGCUCCUGCCACCAUGGAAGUCUCUGGAAACACACUGUCCUCUUUUGGGCCUUCAUAUGUUGAGGAGUUUGAUAAGAUGAGUGAGAAGCCGUCUGUUUGCAGGGAGGACCUCAGAUCAGAGGCCAUUCACACACAGCAGGGUCAGUACAGAGAGAGACUUGUGCACACAGUGGAGAGAGAGAAUCAGACAUUACUGCCCCAGCAGCAGCAACAUGGACCCUCAGUAAAACACAUGAGAGGCAGCGAGAGCCCAGCCCAGCUACACUCAGGCUCUCAAUAUGAGACCAGCUCUACUCUGAGUUCCAGUGCUUUCAGUGCUGGGAAGAAGGGCAAGACUGAUGGACAAGCUGACUUUGGAAAGAAACCGUACAUUUGUACACAUUGUGGGAAGGGUUUUGCCUACUUCAGUUGCUAUAAAGUACAUCUGCGAAGUCACACCGGAGAGAAACCGUACGGCUGCGCACAGUGCGGAAAGAGGUUCACUCAGCAAAGCAAUCUCACAAAGCAUGAGAGCGUUCACGGUGGAAAUAAACCCUUUGACUGCUCCCAGUGUGGGAAGAGCUUCCGAUAUCGCUCCAUUCUGACCCUUCACCUGAGAAUUCAUUCGGGCGAGAGGCCAUUCCACUGCGCACAGUGUGGAAAGAGUUUCGCUCAGUCCUCUCAUUUUAAGAGACACCAGCGAUCUCACAUGGGCAAGAAACCAUACGGCUGUUUUUGAAAAGGUUUGAGUGUUCUAAAUUUCUCUCCAGUUUUAUUAAUCUCAAUAUUUACUUUCAUUUCCCACCCGAAGGGCAAAAAUUGUUCUGUGCCUCACAAGUUUACUUUGUAAUCUUGAAAAUGCUCUCAUAUUCACACUGGAGAGAACCUCAGUGUCAUUUUAACUGUGUCAUGCGACAAAUCAUUCGCAAAAAUGUCUCCUGCAUCGGUUGUCCGUUUGAGUAACUUUAUUUUAGUGAAGAGAAGCAUACUGCAAUAUGGAUCUAAGGCCGGAAACAUACCCUACAUAAGUACACAAACUUGGAUGCUUCUGGCUACGCAAAAAGUUGAUUUCACACGUGGUUGUGUUCUAAAAUGUAUCACCUGGCAUUCUUAACGCAAUGCACACGUGAACUACAGUGUCAAUCAUUGUACUAAGAUGCACUAAUAGCAGGCAACAACAUGAUGAAGCAGUCUUAAUCAGCUUAACUGAACAUUCUAAUGCUGAUGUAACAAUCACUAUUGGUAAUUGAAAGCAAUGGAGUUCUAGAACGCUGGCUUAGAAUGUGGAAAAAACAUUCCAAUAGACCUGCUCUUCAAAGGGGUUAAACCCUUGGUUGAGAGAGGACUCAGAAUUCAGAUUACACCAAUCCUGAACUUGAGCACAGCAAGGGGGAUUUUUAAAAAUUGGUAUUUUGAAAGAGGCAACCAAUUUUCAUUGUGAAGAGAGCCCAUUCCGAUCUGAUUUCCAGGCGUCUUUAAUGAAAACAGCCAAGUCAUCGAGAAGGCACCAUGCUGCACAUAUUUCGUAAUGAAGUCAAACUUGGUCUUUAAAACCUCUCCUGUAUGUCUCUCUGUGUGUGUAUGUGUCCUCAAAUUCUAUUUUUAAAUAACUCAAUAAAUAAUUUUUGUGUUGCCAGGAA